UUUGUUCAUAGUGUGGCUAUCGAGCAAUUAUUUGCGAUUAUCUCUUCUCUCGCUAUUUGAGUGACGUUUGAUCAUUGGAUUCGAGUUUGUUUUCAACUAUUGAGCUUGUGUGUUGAACUGUUAACAAAAAUGCCAUCCGGUAAAGCUCCUGCAAUUGGAAUCGAUUUAGGAACGACUUAUUCCUGUGUCGGCGUUUUUCAGCAUGGGAACGUCGAGAUCAUAGCUAACGAUCAAGGCAAUCGCACAACGCCGAGUUAUGUUGCUUUUACGGACACUGAAAGACUUAUUGGUGAUGCUGCUAAAUCUCAAGUUGCUUUGAAUCCUGAGAAUACAAUCUUCGAUGCAAAAAGACUGAUUGGGAGAAAGUAUGAUGAUCCCAAAAUCCAGCAAGAUAUGAAAAAUUGGCCUUUCAAAGUUGUCAGCGAAAGUGGUAAACCAAAGAUUUGUGCACAGCUUAAAGGUGAAAUGAAACGCUUCAACCCAGAGGAGAUAAGUGCUAUGGUUUUGACAAAAAUGAAAGAAACUGCAGAAAUGUAUUUGGGACAAAAAGUGACUGAUGCCGUCAUUACUGUUCCUGCAUAUUUUAAUGACUCUCAAAGGCAAGCUACCAAAGAUGCUGGAAAAAUUGCUGGACUCAAUGUGCUGAGAAUAAUAAAUGAGCCAACUGCUGCUGCUUUGGCAUAUGGAUUGGACAAAAAUCUCAAAGGUGAGAAAAAUGUUCUAAUCUUUGAUUUGGGAGGAGGAACAUUUGAUGUUUCAAUAUUGACCAUUGAUGAAGGUUCCUUGUUCGAAGUGAGAUCUACUGCUGGUGAUACCCAUCUUGGAGGAGAAGAUUUUGAUAACAGAAUGGUUGCUCACUUCAUUGAAGAAUUUAAACGCAAAAAUAGGAAAGAUUUAAGAUCAAAUCCUCGUGCACUAAGAAGGUUACGCACUGCUUGUGAGAGAGCCAAGAGAACACUUUCCAGCAGCUCUGAAGCAAGCAUCGAAAUCGAUGCACUAUUUGAGGGUAUAGACUUUUAUUCUAAGAUCAGUAGAGCAAGAUUCGAAGAGCUCUGCAUGGACUUGUUUCGAUCGACUCUAGACCCUGUGGAACGCGCUUUGAAGGAUGCCAAGAUGGACAAAAGCAGCAUUCAUGAUGUUGUACUAGUUGGUGGUUCCACUCGAAUACCCAAAAUCCAAAAACUCUUGAAAGACUUCUUCCAUGGCAAAGAACUGUGCAUGUCCAUUAAUCCUGAUGAAGCCGUAGCUUAUGGUGCUGCUGUGCAAGCAGCAGUCCUUACCGGCAGCAAUGACGAGAAGAUUAGAGAUGUUCUGCUCGUUGAUGUGGCUCCUCUCUCUCUAGGCAUUGAAACCGCCGGAGGUGUGAUGACAAAGAUCAUUGAAAGAAAUUCACGUAUUCCUUGCAAAACAUCCCAGACUUUUACAACUUACUCUGACAAUCAGCCUGGCGUCGACAUCCAAGUAUAUGAAGGUGAAAGGGCGAUGACAAAGGACAAUCAUUUGCUUGGGAGAUUCCAACUGUCUGGCAUUCCACCUGCUCCCAGAGGCGUUCCCCAGAUCGAAGUGACUUUCGACUUGGAUGCCAACGGUAUUCUCCAAGUAUCUGCUCUGGAGAAGAGUUCCGGCAAAUCCCAGAGCAUUCGCAUUACUAACGACAAAGGCCGUCUGUCCAAAGAAGACAUUGAAAGGAUGUUAAAUGAAGCGAAGCAGUAUGAGAAAGAAGAUGCUGAGCAAAGAGAGAGAGUCGCUUCUAGGAAUUCACUCGAAAGCUACGUGUAUUCUGUGAAACAGGCUGUGGAAUCUGCUCCCGAGGAUAAACUCUCCUCAUCAGAAAAGAACAAAGUGAAACAAACGUGCGAUUCGGUAAUACAGUGGCUGGAUAAUAAUACGCUGGCAGAAAAAGACGAAAUUGAACACAAGAUGAAAGAAGUUCAGUCUGAAUUGUCACCAGUUAUGACAAAGAUGCACCAGAGUGCAAAUAACUUUGGUUCUAAUUCGGGAUCAGCUGCUACUGCAGGCAAUGGACCAACUGUUGAAGAAGUAGAUUAGGACUCUUGCAUGAACUGUGAGUUUUAUUAAGACUGUGAUAAUUUUCAUUUCUCUCUGUACAUAUAUUUAUAUUCCUCAUGAAGUUUAUUUUGCAAUUAGUUUGAUAUAUCAACAAUGUUUUUAUUCAUGAUGCCAAA